GGUCUAAUGUAAUGACUUUCUUUUCAAGACUGAAUUGGAGAAUAUUGAAGUAACUCAGGGUAUGUCAGCAGAAACAGCGGUGACUUUCCUCAGCCGCCUGAUGGCUAUGGUUGAUGUACUAGUAUUUGCCAGCUCACUAAAUUUUAGUGAAAUUGAAGCUGAAAAAAACAUGUCUUCUGGAGGCUUAAUGCGACAGUGCCUAAGGCUUGUUUGUUGUGUUGCUGUGAGGAAUUGUUUGGAAUGUCGACAAAGGCAAAGAGAUAGACUAAACAAAUCAUCAUUAAUCAGUGGUAAAACUCAGGAGACCUUCCAGGGCAUAAGUGCAACUACUACUGCUAAGACUCCACUCGAAAACGUUCCUGGUAAUCUAUCGCCUAUUAAAGACCCCGAUAGGCUUCUUCAGGAUGUUGAUAUAAAUCGUCUGCGAGCAGUUGUAUUUCGUGAUGUGGAUGACAGCAAACAGGCACAAUUUUUAGCUUUGGCUGUGGUUUACUUCAUUUCUGUAUUAAUGGUCUCCAAGUAUCGAGAUAUACUUGAACCACAACGAGAAACUGCACGAUCUGGAAGCCAGGCAGGUAGAAAUAUCAGGCAAGAAAUAAAUUCACCAACAAGUACAGUUGUGGUCAUACCAUCUAUCCCACACCCAAGUUUGAACCAUGGAUUUCUUGCCAAGUUAAUUCCUGAACAGAGCUUUACCCACUCAUUUUACAAAGAAACUCCUGCUGUAUUUCCAGAUAAUAUCAAAGAAAAAGAAACUCCAACACCGGUUGAAGAUAUUCAGCUGGAAAGCUCCAUUCCUCAUACUGAUUCUGGAAUUGGAGAGGAACAAAUGCCUAGUAUAUUGAAUGGUACAGACUUGGAAACUAGUACAGGUCCAGAUGCUAUGAGUGAACUGUUGUCUACUUUAUCUUCUGAGGUGAAGAAAUCUCAGGAAAGUUUGACUGAAAGUCCCAGUGAAAUUCUGAAGCCUGCAUCCUCAAUAUCAAGCAUCAGUCAAAGCAAGGGCAUCAAUGUCAAAGAAAUAUUGAAAAGUCUGGUGGCUGCGCCAGUGGAAAUUGCAGAAUGUGGCCCUGAUCCUGUUCCCUAUCCUGAUCCUGCAUUGAAGAGAGAAACUCAACCUAUUCUUCCGAUGCAGUUUCAUUCCUUUGACAGGAGUGUUGUAGUACCAGUGAAGAAACCUCCUCCUGGAAGCCUAGCAGUGACCACAGUUGGAACUGCCACAACUGGAGGUGGAGUUACACCAAGUACUACACCUAAUAUAUUUGCUGCUACAGGAGCUACACCAAAAAGUAUGAUUAAUACAACAGGUGCAGGGGAUUCAGGAUCUUCAUCAUCAUCCUCCUCAUCUAGUUUUGUAAAUGGUGCUACCAGCAAGAACCUUCCAGCUGUUCAGACCGUUGCACCAAUGCCAGAAGAUUCUGCUGAAAACAUGAGCAUUACUGCAAAAUUGGAGAGGGCUUUGGAAAAAGUGGCCCCACUCCUUCGGGAAAUCUUUGUGGACUUUGCCCCUUUUCUGUCUCGAACACUGUUGGGUAGCCAUGGACAAGAGCUUCUAAUAGAAGGCCUGGUUUGUAUGAAGUCAAGCACAUCAGUGGUGGAACUAGUUAUGCUUCUUUGUUCACAGGAAUGGCAAAAUUCUAUUCAGAAGAAUGCAGGACUUGCUUUUAUUGAGCUCAUCAAUGAAGGAAGAUUAUUGUGCCAUGCAAUGAAAGACCACAUCGUACGUGUUGCAAAUGAGGCGGAGUUCAUUUUGAAUAGGCAAAGAGCAGAAGAUGUACACAAACAUGCAGAAUUUGAGUCACAAUGUGCCCAAUAUGCAGCUGACAGAAGAGAAGAGGAGAAGAUGUGUGACCACCUUAUCAGUGCAGCCAAGCAUCGAGAUCAUGUUACAGCAAAUCAGCUAAAACAGAAAAUACUGAAUAUCCUAACAAACAAGCAUGGUGCCUGGGGAGCUGUAUCUCAUAGCCAACUGCAUGAUUUCUGGCGGUUAGAUUAUUGGGAAGAUGAUCUGCGGAGACGAAGGCGAUUUGUUCGCAAUGCUUUUGGUUCCACUCAUUCAGAUGCAUUGCUCAAAGCUGCUGUGGAAUAUGGCACUGAAGAAGACAUAGUGAAGUCAAAGAAAACCUUUCGGAGCCAAGCUGUAGUGAGUCAGAAUGCUGAAACUGAGCUCAUGCUAGAAGGGGAUGAUGAUGCUGUCAGCCUGCUCCAAGAGAAAGAGAUUGACAAUCUUGCAGGGCCCGUGGUGCUCAGCACGCCGGCGCAGCUCAUCGCCCCCGUGGUGGUGGCCAAGGGCACCCUCUCCAUCACCACCACCGAGAUCUACUUCGAAGUGGACGAGGACGACCCGGCCUUCAAGAAGAUCGACCCUAAGGUUCUUGCUUAUACUGAGGGACUACAUGGAAAAUGGAUGUUCAGCGAAAUACGAGCUGUUUUUUCAAGACGAUAUCUUCUUCAGAAUACAGCCUUGGAGGUGUUCAUGGCAAACAGAACCUCCGUAAUGUUCAACUUUCCUGACCAAGCGACAGUAAAAAAAGUUGUUUACAGCUUACCUCGUGUUGGAGUGGGGACCAGCUAUGGCUUGCCACAAGCAAGACGUAUAUCUCUGGCCACUCCCCGUCAACUGUACAAAUCUUCCAAUAUGACUCAGCGGUGGCAGCGAAGGGAGAUUUCAAACUUUGAAUACUUGAUGUUUCUCAACACUAUAGCAGGACGCACAUAUAACGAUCUGAACCAAUAUCCUGUAUUUCCAUGGGUAUUAACAAAUUAUGAAUCAGAAGAGUUGGAUUUAACCUUACCAGGAAACUUCAGAGAUCUUUCAAAGCCUAUUGGUGCUUUGAACCCCAAAAGAGCAGUCUUUUAUGCAGAGCGUUAUGAAACAUGGGAAGAUGAUCAGACUCCACCUCAUCAUUAUAACACUCAUUAUUCAACAUCUACUUGUACACUAUCCUGGCUGGUCCGCAUUGAACCCUUUACAACAUUCUUUCUGAAUGCAAAUGAUGGGAAAUUUGAUCAUCCAGACCGAACCUUUUCAUCAGUGGCGAGGUCUUGGAGAAACAGCCAAAGAGACACUUCAGAUGUAAAGGAGUUAAUUCCAGAGUUUUACUACCUACCAGAAAUGUUUGUCAACAGUAAUGGAUAUAGUCUUGGCAUCAGAGAAGAUGAAAUUGUUGUGAAUGAUGUGGAGCUCCCUCCCUGGGCAAAGAAGCCUGAAGAUUUUGUGCGCAUCAAUAGAAUGGCUCUGGAAAGUGAGUUUGUAUCCUGUCAACUUCACCAGUGGAUUGACCUUAUUUUUGGCUACAAACAACGAGGACCAGAAGCAGUUCGGGCACUUAAUGUUUUCCACUACCUGACAUAUGAAGGUUCCGUUAACCUUGACAGUAUCACUGAUCCUGUGCUCAGGGAGAUCCCAGAAGCUUAUUUUAUUAGAGAUCCUCAUACAUUCCUCCUUACAAAGGACUUUAUUAAGGCCAUGGAGGCACAGAUACAGAACUUUGGACAGACGCCAUCUCAGUUGCUUAUUGAGCCACAUCCGCCUCGGAGCUCUGCCAUGCACCUGUGUUUCCUUCCACAGAGCCCGCUUAUGUUUAAAGAUCAGAUGCAGCAGGAUGUUAUAAUGGUCCUAAAAUUUCCAUCAAAUUCACCUGUCACUCAUGUGGCAGCCAAUACACUUCCCCAUCUUACUAUUCCUGCUGUGGUGACUGUGACUUGCAGCCGACUCUUUGCAGUGAAUAGAUGGCACAACACAGUUGGCCUCAGGGGAGCCCCUGGAUAUUCUUUGGAUCAAGCUCAUCAUCUUCCCAUUGAAAUGGAUCCACUGAUUGCCAAUAACUCUGGUGUGAACAAACGGCAGAUCACAGACCUUGUGGAUCAAAGCAUUCAGAUCAAUGCUCAUUGUUUUGUGGUCACAGCAGAUAAUCGCUACAUUCUUAUCUGUGGUUUCUGGGACAAGAGCUUUCGGGUUUAUUCCACAGAAACAGGAAAAUUAACUCAGAUUGUGUUUGGCCACUGGGAUGUAGUCACUUGCCUUGCCCGAUCGGAAUCAUAUAUUGGUGGGGACUGCUACAUAGUCUCUGGCUCCCGUGAUGCUACAUUACUGCUAUGGUACUGGAGUGGUCGGCAUCAUAUCAUUGGUGACAAUCCAAACAGCAGUGACUAUCCUGCUCCCAGAGCUGUUCUAACUGGCCAUGAUCAUGAAGUUGUCUGUGUAUCGGUUUGUGCUGAGCUGGGACUUGUCAUAAGUGGCGCUAAAGAAGGACCUUGCCUGGUGCACACAAUUACUGGAGAUUUGCUGCGAGCACUUGAAGGAACCGAAAAUUGUCUGUAUCCUCGCUUAAUUUCAGUGUCUAGCGAAGGCCACUGUAUUAUCUACUAUGAUCGAGGCAGGUUCAGCAAUUUCAGCAUUAAUGGCAAACUCUUGGCUCAGAUGGAGAUCAAUGAUUCAACCAGGGCAAUCCUCCUGAGCAGUGAUGGGCAAAACCUGGUUACAGGUGGUGAUAAUGGGGUGGUGGAAGUGUGGCAGGCUUGUGACUUCAAGCAGCUCUACAUUUACCCUGGCUGUGAUGCUGGCAUUAGAGCAAUGGACCUAUCCCACGAUCAGAGGACUCUAAUUACUGGCAUGGCUUCUGGUAGCAUUGUAGCUUUCAAUAUAGAUUUUAAUCGGUGGCAUUAUGAGCAUCAGAAUAGAUAUUGAACCAGAGCGAAGAAUCAAAAGCAAAGGUGAAACUGAGAGCACAAGUGCUACUGAGAAGGCAUGAUCUCUGGUGGAAAAGUAAAUCUACAUUGACCUCCGUUGUACAUUCCAUUACACCCAGCAAUAGCUGUACAUUGUAGUCAGCAACCAUUUUAUUUUGUGUGGUUUUUCACAACUAAACACCAGCUGCUGCAGAAGCAGGCUUAUAUCAUGUAAAUUAUAAUGACUUAGGAGAUGUUUUGGUAAUUAUUUCAUAUACCUUUGUUUACUGAGAAAAGAUAGAACACGUCACAAGAGACUUUUGAAUAGUCUGAGGACCCUUGCGUCUGAUAUCUAUAUUGUUUGGGCCAUGAACAUACAUUUCCCAUUUCCAGCCUCUUUUCAAGCUGAAAAAUUAUUAAAAGGAGAAAAAAAAACUACGUUUGAUACUUUGUACAUCAGAUGCACAUCUUAACUUUAAAGGGAUACUUUUGUAAAAGUAAAACCUUGUAUAAAGAACAAAAUGUUUCUUAAUUUUAUUGUGGAGUUACAACUUGCAUGUACUUUAAACCUGAUGUCUUGAUGAAACCGCCACAUUCACAGGUUGAGCUGAACAAGCUGCCCAAGGGCCCAGCUUGUAUUUAAGGGUUGAAAUGGGGUGCAAGCCACAAUUUUGUCAUUGCCACUGCAACAUGGUUUGCACUUUUCCAUCUCAAGCCACCCCUUCUAAGUGGAGUUUUGCUCAUGACAUGAAGCAUUUGGAUAUGAAGCCAUUGUUUGCCAUAUUUAUGCAUUAUAAAAAGAAAAGAAAAAAAUUCCCUUAAUAAUUUAAUGGGAUAAGACAGGCGGCAGCACAGAAGAGAUGCCAUGCUAUAGUGCUUAAUGACUUCCGCCAAAGCAAGCGUGCUAGACUUCUAGAUUCAUCACAUUUGGCAUACUGUACAUUGCAGGAAGAGAGCAGUUCAGUUUUUUCUCUUCAUUUCCUUGGAAAUAAAGCUUGGCUAAAACCAACCGUAGCUUCAUUGGGGUUGUUCUUUUACGUUCUUCUGAAAAUCACAUGUUCAGCCACAUUCUGUGUUGAAGGCACUCCAUGUUUGACAAUACUGUAAUGAGGACUAUCAGGAUAAUUCACCAGACAUUCUACAAAUCACGCAACAUACCCAGGGGUAUAUACACUUUACUUCAUGUUUCUUCUUUGUAUAUUUGGUGACUGUAUUGUCAUAGAUGUACAUAUUGUGUCGGUAGGGCUAUGAGGCAUGUAACAGGAAUGUAAUUUUCUCAGACUUUACACUCACUUGCAGUCAUUUAUUUGAAAAAGAUAAACCAAGGUAAUGGAUUCUUUGUACUGGCACUUUGCACCAGGAACAUAUCAUUAUUUAUUGAUGUGAUUCUUAUUUGGUAUCCACCUUGUAUUAGUAAGUUUUAGCACUAAAUACCUUCUUCAUUGUUGUUUGUAUUUAUAAGAUUCUGAAAUCAUGGGGAAUCAAUGUAAUGAUUAAGUUAUUCAUCAUCAGUCUGUAAGCAAUAUCUUGAGUUUGUAGCUUAGAAUUGGGAGAAUAUUGAACAUCUGGAAGAUAAGUUCAUUUCAUCUCAAGAUCAUGGUGAAAUAUUUUGGAUAUAUAAAUUCCUUAAGCUAUUGUAACCAUGUUUUAUUGCAAAGAUGUAAAAUAUGCCAGAUGUGUGUGAGUUGGAAAUCAAAAUGAAAAAUAAAAUAUGCAAAGAAUUCA